AUGUCUUCUUCUUCUGACCAAAGUACUCGGCUCUUGCCGAUUUCCUCUUCUGCUGCUUCUUCGAGCUCUUCCCAGGCAACCAAAAACACAUCCGACGCCCAGCAACCGCAGGACUCGGUGCGAGCGAAAUAUGCAUGGCUCACAAUCUACUUUGCCCUCAACCUAGCGUUGACUCUUUACAAUAAGGCUGUCAUGGGAAAGUUUCCGUUUCCAUACUUGUUAACAGGAAUCCAUGCUCUCUGUGGUACCAUCGGGUGUACGAUAUUUUAUAUGCGAGGGUCAUUCCAGUUGACGCAGCUCACUGACAAAGAGAACUUGGUGAUGCUCUUGUUCUCGAUACUAUAUACGAUUAAUAUCGCUAUCAGUAAUGUUUCAUUAAACCUCGUAACAAUUCCCUUCCACCAGAUUGUCCGGGCCACCACCCCCUUCUUCACCGUCAUCAUCUACGCCGUCUUCUUCUCCAAGACCUACUCCCGCCUCACCUACAUCUCCCUAAUCCCCGUCGUUCUCGGUGUCGCUCUCGCCACCUUUGGUGACUAUUACUUUACCCCUCUCGGCUUCGUCCUCACCCUCCUCGGUGCCUUCCUCGCCGCGCUCAAGACCGUUGUCACAAACCGCAUCCAGACAUCUGGUCUGCGUCUCUCCCCACUCGAACUUCUUUUCCGUAUGAGCCCCUUAGCACUCGUCCAGACUCUCAUCUACGCAUACUGCACUGGGGAGAUUGAGCGCUUGGAGGUGUAUGCGGGCGAGCAUAUGGGCAGCAGGGAUGUUCUUAUUCUGGCCGUCAACGGCGCGAUUGCGUUUGCGCUCAAUGUGAUCAGUUUUACGGCGAACAAGAAGACUGGUGCUCUGACAAUGACGGUUGCGGCGAAUGUCAAGCAGAUACUGACCAUUGUGUUGAGUAUCAUGUUUUGGGGGCUUGCCGUUAGCUGGUUAAAUGUGUCGGGGAUCUGCUUGACGCUGGCGGGAGGUGCAUGGUAUGCGAAGGUGGAGUUGGAGGCGAAGCAGACAAGGAGUGCAGCGCCGGCGCUGGAGCCUUUGAGGGAGGUUAAGGCUGGGUAG